UAGAAUGGACUUCUAAAAAUACUCUAAUAGUUCUUAAACUUAUUUCGAUAGACCCGACAUUUUUCUUUCGUUUAAAACUUAAUUAAAUUUAAAAUGUCUGAACAAUCUUCCAAAAGCGCCCUAGAUAUCCAACAACUAGAAGAGCCUAACAUCAUUAAGGAAAAUGACGCAUCCGAAUCACUCCUCCAGUUACGCGAAAAAGAACUACUAGAAAAAAUUUCUCAAUUUGAAAUUAAAAUGAGGAAGGAUGAUGAAAUAAUAAAACAGUUGGAAGAAAAAUUACAGAACGUCACAACAGAGAAAGAUGAAUUAAAAACGAAAAAUGAGGCGCUUCAAAAAGAAGUUACAGAUAUAAACACAACUUUAGCUCAAAAUCCAAAAAAUGGGAAAAACUUAUUACUCGAAAAAACCAAAAUUUGUAGAAAUCAAGAACUUCAAAUUGAAGCCCUUUCACAGCAGAUUGGAUCACUUAAAGAAAUCGUAGCGAUCACAAAAGAUCUUUUGGACGUGCGUAACAUCGAAGUAAAGCAAUUAGAAGAUAAAAUAGACAUCAUGGAACAAAAGUUUAAUGUUGAGAAAGAAAAACACUCUUUACUUAAUCAAAAACUAGAUACAAUGGUGAAAUUAAACUCCGACUUGAAAAAGGAAUACGAAACACAAUUGUCGCUUUUCACCCAACUAAGAGAAAGCUAUAAGCAACGUGAAAAUUUAAACGAUACAGUUCAGAAAUUGUCCGAUGAUAUUGAGAAGAAGUAAAAAAUUUUAUAUAUACAUGUCUACAUACUCGUGUUUUUUAAGAUCCAUAUAACUUCCUGUCAAACUUUUAAAAAGGUCUUGUAAAAUACAUUUACGUUUACUUUAUAUUAUUUAAUUGCUUCUUUCAAUAAAUCGAAGUUUAUAGUUUA